GUGGAAAAGGGAAGCUUGUGCUCAUCUCCAACAAUUGCCCGCCCCUUCGCAAAUCGGAGAUCGAGUACUACGCGAUGCUCUCCAAGACGAACGUCCACCACUACAGCGGAAACAAUGUGGAGCUUGGCACCGCUUGCGGGAAAUACUACCGGGUUUCGUGCCUCACCAUCACAGACCCAGGCGAUUCGGACAUCAUCAAAUCUAUGUCUGCCGAGUGAAAGGAAAAUCUAUCAAUCAGCGCAACUCCAUUUUGAUCCUUGUAGCCCCUCUUACUCUCGAGAAACAUGGAAAUCUAAUGGGAAUUUUCGUCAAAUGUGGCCAAUAACUUUAAAGAGCCCUAAAACUAAAGUUUCUAGGUUUAGGGUUGAGGGCUUAGCGAGAAUGUUGUGGGUGGACAAGUACCGCCCUCACACUCUGGACGAGGCGAUCGUCCACCAAGAGCAAGCGCAGCGCCUCAAGAGCCUGAUAGCCGAAGGAGAUUGCCCGCAUUUGCUCUUCUAUGGGCCCUCUGGCGCUGGAAAGAAGACACUUAUCAUGGCUUUCUUGCGAGAGCUCUUUGGCGCUGGGGCUCAGCAGGUUCAAGUUGAGAACAAGGCCUGGAAAGUCGAGGCCGGAACGAGGAAAAUCGACGUUGAGCUGACCACAGUGGCGAGCAACUACCACGUCGAGCUUAAUCCCAGCGAUGCGGGAUUUCAAGAUCGGUACGUGGUUCAAGAGAUCAUCAAGGAGAUGGCCAUGAGCAGGCCUCUCGAUCUGGGUGUUGACAUAAGUUUCAAAGUUCUCGUCCUUAACGAAGUGGAUCGCCUCUCGAAGGAGGCGCAGCAUUCACUCAGGCGAACGAUGGAGAAGUAUAGCGCCGCCUGCCGAUUGAUCCUUUGCUGCACAAGUGCUUCCAAAGUUAUCGAGGCUGUUCGAUCGCGAUGCCUCAACGUGCGGAUCAAUGCUCCAUCUGAAGAUGAAAUCACUAAAGUGCUCCAGUUCGUCGCUAAAAAGGAAGAGAUACGUCUUCCACCGGCUUUUGCUGGUCGAAUUGCGUUACAUUCGAACAGGAACCUACGGCGAGCCAUACUUUCAUUGGAGGCCUGCAAAGUCCAACAGUAUCCGUUCACAGAGAAUCAACCUGUUCAGACCACCGAUUGGGAGCAAUAUAUUGUAGAGAUCGCAUCGGACAUAGUCAAUGAACAGAGCCCGAAGAGAUUGUUCAUCGUGCGUGGAAAGCUAUACGAGCUGCUUGUGAAUUGUAUCCCUCCUGAAAUAGUUUUAAAGAGGCUACUUGUCGAGCUAAUGAAGAAACUAGACUCGGAGCUAAAGCACGAGGUGUGUCACUGGGCAGCCUAUCACGAACAUCGUAUGCAACUUGGACAGAAGGCUAUUUUUCAUCUCGAAGCCUUUGUCGCCAAGUUUAUGAGCGUUUACAAGAAAUUCCUGAUAGCAACCUUUGGUUAGUCGCAGUAAGGCAUUGUUCCAUAGGAAAUCGCUUCUUACACACAUUGAUUGUGCCACUUAAAGUUCACUUUUUAAGAAGGAAGGAACCUUUGGCUUGGCCUGAAUCGCGACAACAACCUCCUCCGGCGAGUCAUACUUUCAUUGGAGGCUUUCAAAGCCCAACAAUAAGUUCCCUUAUGAUUCUUUUCUAUUCCUCUCACAUAAAAAAACUGUUUUCCGGCUUUUCA